CAUACUUCCAGUCCUCUGGAGUCUGCUCACCCAGAGCCUGCCUUUUUUUAUUGUUCACUUUCUCAUCUUUCCAGUCCUUGUUCUUUUUCAACCUAUCCACCUCCCAUGUGUGUAUGUCUGGUGGUGGUGGGGGAAUGGGUCAAGCCAUCCUCAAAGACUCUUGGGAAUCCCAUCACCUCCUUUUCUGUUCAAGAAUGGGCCCUCCUUUCCACCCUACAUGAUGUGGGAUGUCAGCUUCUGCUCACCUUAUCCAAGACCUAUCUCUACUCCCCAGCCUUGUCACAGACCUUCCACACCAUGCCCCCUUCCUCACUCACCAAGCCCCAGGACAUCUGCUGGGACAGAACUAGCAGAUGGACUUCCCCCACAUGCUAUCCUCUCGGUCUCUGCUCCGCUGGUUGACACUCUUCCAGGGCAGGCGGAGAGGCUUUCCCCACUAGGUCUGAGAGGACACAGAGGCUGCUCAUAUCUUUCUAUUUCAAGUCACCCCUUGCUUUGGUCUGUUUUCAUCUCCACUGUCUGACAAUGGACCUGUGUGUGUGUCUUAUUUCUAAGGUAACUCAACCCUUGACUACCUCCUUAGUCAUCAAACCCUGGUUUCACAUUCCCUAUAGACCUCAGUCCUCAGGGCUGGCGGACCAUGGUUCUCUCCAGGAAAGCCCGUUGAUCUCAGCCUCCUAAGGCUCAAGCACAGCUGGUUCGUCACCACCUUCUCACUGGCACUUCAUUCCCAUUUCUGGAUGCACGGACUGCUUCACAUCUUACCACCUUCUGCCUUCAUUUGGCUCACAAACACCUUCCUAAACUCAUCCUGAGUCUUCCGGAAAGGGACCUGCCCAGGUCUGACCUCUCACCUCAUAACCUGAGAGCCUACAGCCACCCUGUCUUUACCAGCCACCUUUGAACACCCCAACUGAGCAAGUUUCAGGACUCAAGGAUCCACUCGACCAACGUCUCGGCACCCCGCACUACUGCUGGCCAUUCCCAAAGCACCAUGACAGGCUUUUGGGUCCUCUGUUUCGUCCUUUUCCCCUCCUCCUUAUCCUAUCCGGAAAGCUGGAUGCCCCUUGUAAACCUCACUCACCACAUCCUACGUGAUACCAACUCUUCCCUGUUUUCCAACUGUUGGGUCUGCUUGUCUACCCAAACCCAGCGGUCCUUAGCAGUCCCAGCCCCUCUGUCCAUUUGGACAGAUACACCCAUGAAGCUUCAUCUUACCUACUCAGUCAGGCCCUUCUCUGGCUCCUUUUCCAUUAGCGACAUUGAAAGACGCCUCCGUCUCUUCCGCCCACUGACUGCCUCCUAUUCUUUCCACAAUCCUGACAGAAGGGCGAUUGCUUUUCUUCAACUCGUCAGCUCAACAGGCAUAUUUCGGAUCAUCACCCGGAUAACCUCUGUGAUAUAUCCCCAUAAGGACCGUUUCUUCGAAUCUGCCCAACGCCCUCUCUGGGGACCACUCUUUACUGAGACCGUGCUCAGGUCGCAGGCCCCACUCUGCAUAUCUCGCUUUUUCAAGGUCUCAGCAUAUGCCACUUUUGUAGGCAACCUCUCUGCCUCUCUCUGCAACUACACCAUGCAUAUUUCACCUUCUACCAGUCAUGAAAACCUAGAUCUUUCCACCACCCAUACGUUCAAACAGGCAAUGAAAAGACCGGAUGCCAAAUGGAAAAACCCGCUCCGUUUUUCCGGGCCCCCCUCCCUCAUCUUCUCGAAGCCGGCUUACUAUCCCUGCCCAACAGACAUCAAACACUGCCAUACCUCUCCGGCCACUCCCUGGAUGCACUGUCCUCAGGCUCCCUUCGGCACCUGCUAUAACCUCACUUUAUUUGAACCAGACAACUCAACCCACCCUGUUACCAUGUCAGUGAACCCUACCCACUUCAAGGUCAAACUCCAGGGGCACAGAGACCCCUAUCCGCUCUCCCAUUACCAGCCCCUCACGGGAGCUGCCCUGUCUGGACAAUAUUCAGUCUGGGAGAACGAGAUCACUGUCCAAGAAAACUGGGACAUCACCUCCAACAUUUUCUCACAUCUUCUCAGCUUCUCGUACGCCUUCUGCCUCAACUCUUCAGGCGUUUUCUUCCUCUGCGGAACAUCGACUUACAUCUGCCUCCCAGCCAAUUGGUCCGGUGUCUGUACCCUGGUCUUCCAAUACCCGGAUAUUGAACUUCUCCCCAAUAACCAAACGGUGCCUGUUCCCCUUUUUGCUUCAGUUCUUUCCUCAGACUCAGUUCUUCGCCCAAAGAGGUCCCCUCACCUCUUUCCCUUCCUUGCAGGCCUGGGUAUCUCUUCUGCCCUUGGUACGGGGAUAGCUGGCUUGGCCACCUCGACUCUCUAUUUCCAACAGCUUUCUAAGGUUCUUUCCGAAACCUUGGAAGAAAUAGCUGCCUCUAUCACUACCCUCCAGAACCAAAUAGACUCGCUCGCAGGUGUUGUUCUACAAAACCGCCGAGCUCUGGACCUCAUCACUGCUGAGAAAGGGGGCACCUGUCUCUUCCUCCAGGAAGAGUGCUGCUUCUACGUAAACCAGUCUGGAAUAGUCCGGGACGCGGCAAGGAAACUCCAAGAACGAGCAUCUGAACUCGGCCAGCAUUCUGACUCUUGGGGACAGUGGCCUGACCUUGGACGUUGGUUGCCCUGGCUGACUCCCUUUCUGGGACCUCUUCUCUUCCUCUUCUUCCUACUGACAUUUGGGUCUUGUCUUCUGAACUGCCUAACCCGUUUUGUGUCCCAGAGACUUGGCUCCUUUGUUCAAGACACUGCCAAAAGGCAUGUGGACAGCAUCCUCCAAAAUUUCCAAUAUAAAAAACUGCCCCAAGACUCCCCAGAUGAGGACACCAUUCCUACAUAACAGGGAAAAGUUGAGAGAGCACCAAGUAUACCCUCCCUUCUACCCAGUUAAUAGAAUCCAAGUCGGGAGACUUAGUUAUGGCCUCAUGUUUGUAUCAGGGUUAAUUCCAGAAACUAUAGUAAUUUGGCAUCCAGAAAAUUUCUUCUUUUUCUAGAUCUGAGCUCCUUCUGCUCCUUCUAGAUCUUCUCCUUAUCAGUAGCCCCCAUCUCAGACAUGGCCUCUGGAGUUGUUUCACCUGACAUUCUUUAAUCCAUCACUCACCUUGCUGCUUAGCUACUCUUAGCAAUGGCCAAAGAAGGAAUGUUUUCAGUGCCCUGCCUGUAGGUGGAGAGUGGGCUCUCUUAUACAGAGAUCUCUGCUCCCAGGCCUGUGCUGCCAGGGAGUGGCUUGUUCCUCCGUUGUCUUUCUUGCUUUCUGACCUCAUACGAAGAACAUUGAGGUGUCAGGGAGCUUCCAGAAGCUGGAAGGGGGCCAGCAAGGAUUCUCUAUGACAGCUUUGAGAGAGAGAGAGAGAGAGGGAGAGAGAGAGAGAGAGAUUAUUUUUUUUAAAUAAAGUUUUUACAGCAUCA